AUGCGGUUUUCCACAAUGCUGACCGGCCUCGCGGCCUGGUUUGCGACGGACGUCACGGCGACGGCCCUGACCUACAAGCUGGCAGCUGGUGAGAAGGCGUGCUUCUACGCGCAUGCCCCGACCAAGGGCGAGAAGAUUGCCUUUUACUUUGCGGUCCAAUCGGGCGGUUCGUUCGACGUCAACUACGAGGUCGUCGACCCCAACGGCAAGAUUCUGCUUGAGGGCCUCAACGAGCGCCAGGGCGACUUUGUCUUUACGGCCAACGAGAUUGGCGAGCAUCAGUUCUGCUUCAACAAUGAGAUGAGCACGUACACCGACAAGUACGUCGACUUUGAGAUUUCGGUCGAGAACGAGGCCCGCGUGGCCCUCCCGUCCAGACAGGGCAGCUCCAACGAGCAGACGAGCGCGCUGUCCGAGUCCGCUUUCAAGAUCUCCGGCCAGCUGUCGACGAUUACGCGCAACCAAAAGUACUUCCGCACCCGCGAGAACCGCAACUUCAGCACCGUCCGCAGCACCGAGAAGCGGAUUAUCAACUUUAGCUUCAUCCAGUCGGGCCUGAUUGUCUGCAUGGGUGCCCUGCAGGUCUUUGUCGUGCGCUUCUUCUUCCAGGGCGCACGCAAGGGCUACGUUUGA